AUGUCCUCGUCGGGACUGACGCGGCGCCGCGGCGCCGGUGGAGGAGCCGCCCUGGGCAACGCCGACGGCGAAGGCAGCAAUGCCGCCUCCCGGUCCAACUCCACCAACAACGUCCGGGACAGCGCCCCCGAGACGAGCUACGAGAACAGCGAGAACGGCCACAAGAUCGCCUUCGACCCGCGAGAUAUCAGCGAGAGCGCCGAGAGGAGCAAACAGCCCAAGCUGACCAUGAUGGAGGAGGUGCUGCUCCUCGGCCUCAAGGACAAGCAGGGAUACCUGUCUUUCUGGAACGACAACAUCUCGUACGCCCUCCGCGGGUGCAUCGUGCUUGAACUGGCCUUCCGCGGCCGCAUCAGCAUGGAGAAGGACCCUUCCAGGCGGCGAUUCCCCCCGGCGGACCGCAACAUCGAGGUUAUAGACGAUACCCUGACCGGCGAGGUUCUGCUCGACGAGGCCCUCAAGAUGAUGAAGCAGAGCGAGAAGAUGAGCGUCAGCUCCUGGAUCGACCUGAUGAGCGGCGAGACGUGGAAUUUGAUGAAGAUUGGAUACCAGCUGAAGCAGGUCCGCGAGCGCCUCGCCAAGGGCCUCGUCGACAAGGGCAUCCUGCGAACCGAGAAGCGCAACUUCCUCCUCUUCGACAUGGCCACCCACCCUGUCGCCGACGGGGGCGCCAAGGAGGAGAUUCGCCGCCGCGUGCGGAACGUCCUGACUCAGCGAACCGUCGUCCUCAACAGCAGCCAGUUCCUGCCCGAGUCGCUAGAGUUCCGCUACCUGCGCACCGUCUCCAUGGUCUGCGCCGCCUACGCCGCCAACGUCUUGGAGAACGCGCUGUCCUCGCUUGGCCACGAGGCCAGGGAGCGGGCCUUUGCCCAGACAGACGAGCUCUUGGCCGACUACAGCCAGUGGCCAUUUGGCAAAAAGGCUACCGGCAACGGCAUCGGCGCCAACCUACCCCAGGUUAUCGGAGAGGAGGUGAGCAAGGCCAAGGACAAGGAGCUGCAACUCGAGGUUGUAGCAGCCUGCCUGAGCGUCUUCACCCGCCUCGACUCCCUGCUAUAA